GAAGGCCAAACGAGGUUAUCGCAAUAGACCACAAUGAAAAAACACAAUCCAGGACGUCUCGCUGCCGUAGUGGUUUCUGUUGUCGGCUAUGCAAUAAGUUUGGUCUUCAACGGGCUUUCUGUGGUCGGAGUCGGUCCUUAUGGUACCACCACGGGAAACGUGUCUGCAGUGUUCGACACCCAGAUCACACCAUCGGGUUGGACCUUUAGCAUCUGGAGCGUCAUCUACGUCUGGCUGACGCUAAUGAUAAUCUACAUCAUCGCUGGACUUUUCAGAAAGAAUGGUUAUGGCUACGUCUACUGCAGCCCUGCAGUGUUGCCUUAUGGAUUCUUCGUCAGCUGGUGCCUGAAUCUGUGCGUCAACAUUGGCUGGCUGCUUGUCUGGGACCGAGGAGAGAUGAUCGUUGCACUGGUUUUUCUCUUCCUGGUCAUCUGCACAAACUACUCCAUGAUAUUCUUCACAUGCCAUAGACUUCAUGUUUAUGGAGCCUGGCUGAAGAAAUACCACAAGAUAGACCUGUGGCUCUUCCGUGUGCUGGUUCAAAACGGAGUGAUGAUAUACACCACAUGGACAACCAUUGCGACACUAAUCAACCUGACCAUCGUACUGACCUACAAUGCAGAGAUGUCCCCAACGGAUGCUGCAACCGUCUCGUACUCGGUUUUGUCCGUCCUGCUGCUUGUGUGGUUUGUUUUGGAAAACUUCGUCCUCGACAGACACGUGCGGUACAUCCUCAUCAUCUACCCGGUCGUGAUCUGGGCGCUGUGUGGAAACCUGGUCAAGAACUAUGAUGCGGAAUCACCCACCCGUAGCGGCAUUUUCAUUGUUGUGCUGCUGGCUGUCGCCUGUGUGCUAUUUGCCAUCCGGAUUGGUCUGGUUGUUUGGAGACACAUCAGACAGCCGCUCUACAAAGACGCCAGUCCCGACACCAUGGAACCAAUGGAGAUUGCUGAGAAGCAGAAGAAGAUAUUUCGCUAAACACAUUCACUUUAUUUGAACAAAUGUUUUAUUUAGAAAAUGUUGAUACAUGUUGUAAGAUUCUGAUUGUAUAAAGUAUGAUAUAAAAUACACUUAAACUUUGGCUGAUGGUCUUUAAACCUUUUAUGUCUGUUCCCUAACAUAUUUAUUGUUAACACGACACAUACGGCUUUGAUGCGUGACUGUUAUAACAUUAAAAUCGUAAACUAUGA